UUGAUACAUAAAAACAUAAAGUUAUUGCUCUUAGUUCAUCUGCCCUUCUUGCGAUGAAAUUUUUGGAUACGUUGCCUCAUACAAUGAGCUGAAGGCCAUUUUAUAAUUGGGUAAUAUAUUUCCAUGCAUACUUUGCGGUCUGUCUAGUUUCUAAAGAUUCUGCUAGUUCAAAGAAGUUGAAAUAUAAAUUCAUUUGCACUAUUGUGUGCGUUAAAAAUUAUAAAAAUUUCGGCUUUGCCCAGAAGACCAAAGUUUUCAUUUGCAAUUAUUAUAUGUAGUACGACGCAAACAAAAAGAAGGAUGAUUACAUUUCCCGCAAAUGUGCAGGAAAAUUGAAUUGUAUAAAUUAUUGUAAAAAGAGAUUAGUUUUACGAUCCGCGUUCAAACUUCGCAAUGCUCUAUCCGCAUAAAGUGCAGAAUGCAGUGCACCAACGGCGACAGCAAAUAUGCUGUACAGCACGCAUAUACAAUGUAUGAGUAGUGCUAUGUAAAAAUAAUAUAGAUAAUUUAUAAUAAAAAGCAACAGAAUAAAGCUAAAGAAAAACAUUUUUUGUGAUAUGAAGUAUGAACAAAGCAGAAAGUUCAGUAAGUUAUCAAAGCCUUUGAAGUAAUCUCAGAAAUAAUUGACUUCGUACAAUUGGUGUUAAAUGUUGAUGAUCGAAAAAUGUAUUGCAACAACACAAAAGUCAUUCGACAGGACGGAAGUGUUUAUUAUUUAACUAUGAAACCUAAGGAGUCCGAAGAAGACAGCAACGCCUUAGAAGUUAAAGCUGAACAGGCUCAGGAAGAACACGUCAAAAAUCACAAUGAGGUCUGCAUGCGUACAAUGGAGGACUAUUUUUACAAGGAACAAUUAACGGAUGUGGUACUUGUAGCUGGCGAAAAGCGCAUUCCGGCACACAGAUUGGUGCUUAGUGCUAAUUGCGAAUAUUUUGCCGCUAUGUUCACAAAUUCGCUCCGCGAGACUUUCGAAAAUACGAUCGAAUUAAAGGAUGUAGACGGCAAUGCCUUAUGGACCGUAAUUCGUUAUUUUUACUCAGGAAAAAUUGAAUUGGAAGAAGAAAACGUUGAAGCUGUUUUAGCUACCGCUUCUUUGUUGCAACUUACGCAUAUUGUCGAUAUUAGCUGCAAGUUUUUGAUCAAGCAAUUUCACCCAAGCAACUGUUUGGGUAUCAGAAGAUUUGCUGAUCUUUAUGGUUGUUCAGAAUUGCUUGAAGCUGCUACUUCGUAUACUAAUGAUCAUUUUAUGGAAGUAAUUAAAAAUCAAGAAUUUUUGACAUUAACAGUUGAUGAUCUUGCAUCUCUGUUAGGCUCUGAUGAUUUAAAUACAUCUUCAGAAGAACAUGUGUUUCAUGCUUUACUAAAAUGGUUGGAACAUGAUUUAAAUGAAAGAAAGCAACAUGCCAGCAGAUUGUUAGGUUUGGUCAAACUUCCAUUAUUAUCUCCUUCAUUUCUUGCUGAUCAUGUGGAAAAUAAUGAAAUUUUUCAGGAGCAAAGAUCUUCACAGGUACUUAUAAUGGAAGCUCUCAAGUAUCACCUUUUGCCAGAGCGACGUUCAAUAAUGCAAUCAAAUAGAACUCGACCAAGGAAGGCAACAGUUGGCCAUCUUUUGGCAAUUGGAGGAAUGGAUUUAAAUAAAUCAGGCACAGGAAUCGAAAUUUAUUCACUGAGAGAAAAUAGUUGGAAAACUCAUACUUACAUGACCGCUAGACGUUUACAAUUUGGUGCAGCAAUAGUUAAAGACAGACUUCUUUUAGCAGGAGGAAGAGAUGGCUUAAGAACAUUAAACUCUGUUGAGUCUUAUGAUUUUAAAACCAAAACUUGGACCACAUUACCAUGUAUGUCUACAAAUCGUCAUGGAUUAGGAGUAGCUGUGUUGGAAGGUCCUUUUUAUGCUGUUGGAGGCCAUGACAGCUGGAGUUUUUUAAGUACAGUUGAAAGAUGGGAUCCUAGCACUAGAAAGUGGACUCAUGUUUCUCCAAUGUCGUCUCCACGAUCUACAGUUGGUGUGGCUGUUUUAAAUGAUAAACUUUAUGCUGUUGGUGGAAGAGAUACCAGUUCAUGUUUAAAUACAGUAGAGUGCUAUGAUCCUCAUUCAAAUAAAUGGACAUCAUGUGCUCCAAUGUCCAAGCGUAGAGGCGGUGUUGGAGUUGGUGUAUUAAAUGGAUGCUUAUAUGCUCUUGGUGGCCACGAUGCACCAUCCAGUAAUCCUCAUGCUAGUAGAUUUGACUGUGUCGAACGAUAUGAUCCAAAAACUGAUACAUGGACUGAUGUUGCACCUAUGAGUGUUGCGCGUGAUGCUAUGGGAGUAUGUGUUUUAGGAGAUAAAUUAUAUGCUGUUGGUGGUUACGAUGGUCAACAAUAUCUUGCUUUAGUUGAAGCUUAUGAUCCAUUGCUCAAUCAAUGGGAACAAGUUACUCCAUUAAAAUCAGGCAGAGCAGGACCAUGUGUAGUUGUAGAUAAUUUUGUUAUUACAUAAUUCUAUCUCAUAAGAGAAACCGAGAUUCUGUAGUAAUCAGUAUUUUUGAUUAACAAGCAACAUGGUUUGCAUACUAAUCAAUCUUAAUUAAAUUUGAGAAAACUUGUGAUAUUUAUUUAUUUAGCUUAUAUUAUUAAAAAAUGUUAA